AGUUAAAAAUACAACGUAAAAUUGAUUUUCACGAUAAUAUUAUUCGUUGUUACGGAAUAACGAAAUUUGAAUCAGAAAAUCAUGAUAACAAUAUCAAUUACAUGUUAGUGAUGGAAUAUGCAGACAGUGGUAAUCUUCAAAACUAUCUGAAAUAUAACUUUAGUAAACUAACUUGGGAUGAUAAGUACCUUAUGGCGUAUCAGUUAGCUUGCGCUGUAUCAUGCUUACAUAAUGAAGGGAUUGUCCAUCGAGAUUUGCAUUCUGGCAAUAUAUUAGUUCAUCAACAUUCAAUCAAAUUAGCAGAUUUUGGUUUAUCAAGAAGAAUUGGAGAAUCAUCCAAUUCAUCCAAUUUUCAAUCCAAAUUAUUUGGAAUGGUUCCUUACGUUGAUCCAAUAUGUUUUAAUAAUAAUCAAUCAACACAAACGUAUUCAUUGAAUGAAAAAAGUGAUGUUUACAGUAUUGGAGUAUUAUUGUGGGAAAUAUCAAGUGGGCAACUUCCUUUUUAUAUUGAAGGUGAGCAAUAUGAUGUUAGUUUAGCUUUGGAAAUUGGUCAAGGUCUUAGAGAAACAAUUAUUCCUGAUACGCCAGAAGAUUACGUUAAAAUUUAUACCAGUAAGUAAAAUUUACAAAUAUAAUUAUUACUUAAAUAUAAUUUGAUUAAUCUUAAAUCACAUUCUUUUUUUUCUAGGAUGUUGGGGUGGUAAACCAGAUAAUCGUCCAACUAUAUAUCAAGUAGUUGAUUGGCUAAAAGAAAUUAUUA